AAGUUUUAGUGGGCAAAGCAUAAACCUUCUUUAUGCUAUCUGUAUGAGCCUAUGAAUAGCAAGGAUUAUCACCUGUGCUUAGUAUCAGGUAGAGCAUGUCUCUUCACAUGCAAUUACGCAAACACAGUAAAAAUAAUACAAUUCUCUAUAAUCUCACCAUGGCCUUUCAAUCUAAGUUCUGCUUGUCGUCUUUCGUAUUAUUACUUUCACUCAUCAACUGUCCCGGCGCCAAAACUGAUAAGCAAUCAGAGUAUUUCAGCCUCAUGAAAACCGCUCUCUCAGGCAGUACCUUGUCUGAAUGGACUGCCAAGGGAGAUAGCUCAUACUGCAAUUACACUGGCUUAGUCUGUAAUAGUCAAGACCAAGUUAUAGCGAUGAACCUUGCAAGGCAAUCACUAAAAGGAUCGCUUCCUCCGGAUGUAUGCUCUUACCUACCAGAGCUGCAAGUUCUUAAUAUAAGCGAAAAUGACAUCACUGGCAGGUUUCCACAUGGAAUCACCAAUUGCUCCGUUCUGAAAGUUCUAGCCAUGAGUGAUUUAUUGCUUAGUGGGAGGCUACCAGAUUUUUCCAGCAUGAAAUCACUCCGGGUGCUGGACUUGUCUAUGAAUAAAUUCAGUGGAGACUUCCCACUGUCCAUUACAAACCUCACUGAGCUUGAGGUGGUAAACUUCAACAUGAAUGAUAAUUUCAAUCCUUGGGAACUUCCAGAGAAUAUCACUCGGUUGACAAGGCUACAAACAUUAGUCCUGUCAACAACAAUACUUCAAGGAAGCAUUCUCCCAUCCAUAGGCAACAUGACAUCCCUUGUAGAUCUCGAGCUAAGUGGGAACUUUCUGAAGGGUCAAAUUCCUCCAGAGUUAGGAAUGCUGAAGAACCUGAAGUAUCUCAUGCUUUACUAUAAUCAGCUCAGUGGAAAAAUACCUGAAGAGGUAGGAAAUCUAACAGAGCUUACAGGGUUGGAUAUGUCAGUAAAUUUACUGACAGGAAGAAUUCCAGAAUCAAUAUGCCGCCUUCCCAAACUUAAAAUCUUGCAGCUUUAUAAUAACAGCCUCACAGGAGAGAUUCCAACGGCUCUUGGGGACUCAACAGCGUUGACCACAUUAUCUGUCUACCAGAACUUUCUGACAGGCAGAAUUCCCCAAAAUCUGGGGAUUUCAUCAGCCAUGAUUGCUAUAGACUUGUCAGAGAAUCAAUUCUCCAGCAAACUGCCACCAAAUGUCUGCAGAGGAGGUAAACUGCUGUACUUUCUUGCUCUUUCCAAUAUGUUCACAGGUGAGAUACCUCAAAGCUACGCGGACUGCACAUCACUUGUACGUUUUCGUGUUAGCAACAACCGAUUGGUUGGCCUGGUGCCUGAAGGAAUUUUCAGUCUCCCUAAUGCAAAUAUCAUUGAUAUUGCUGACAAUCAAGUGACUGGAACUAUACCUAGAGAAAUCGCAAAUGCAAAGAAUAUGUCAGAAUUCUUCAUUCAAAACAACAAAAUAUCAGAAUUUCUUCCUUCUGAGAUCUCUGGAGCUGUCAAUCUAGUGAAGAUUGAUCUAAGCAACAAUUUAAUAUCUGGCCCUAUACCUUCUGAGCUUAGCACCCUCAAAAAGUUGGAUCUCUUGUUGCUACAACAUAACAAUUUCACAUUCUCUAUCCCUGAAUCAUUGUCCCAGCUGAAAUCACUAAGCAUUCUCGAUUUAUCUAAUAACCAGUUGACAGGAAACAUUCCUGAGAACCUAUCUAAACUACUUCCCAGCACUAUCAAUUUAUCAUAUAAUCAUCUUUCUGGUCCUAUUCCUCUCUCACUAACGACAGGAAGCUUGGGAGAAAGCUUCUCAGGUAAUCCAAGGCUUUGUGUUGAAUCACAUAUAGAUCCAUCUUAUAAAAACUUUUCAAUCUGUCAAACUCAUGAGCAGAAGCGAUCAAUUUGGUUAUGGAUCACAGUGGCCUCAGCUAUAGUUCUUUCACUAGUUGCAGUUGCACUGUUCUUAAAACGAUGCUUAAGAAAAAAAGAAAUAGAUACUAAGCCAUAGUUAGGUUUGAAUUCAUCUUGCAACUCAAGUGCUGUAAAAAUCUAUAUACAAGCAUGUUUUUUUUUCCCUUUUC